CGGUCAUCUCGGCCAUAAACUAACUAGCAGUAUUUGUGAGACACGAUGGCAAACUGGAUACCCAUUAACACUUCUAUUUAACCAGGGUCUCCUCCGACAUUUUUCUGUCUGUCUUGAUUCCUUCCAUCAUUCUUCUAUCUUUCUUCUAUCAUCAUAAUAUCCAAUUGAUACCCUUUCCCUUCUUUAAUUUAUUCAUCUCCGCAACCAUGCGUCUCUCUUACGCCGUGUCUCUUCUGCCUCUGGCCGCCUUCGUCGGCGCCCUCGAGGUCACCUCCCCCAAGAAGGGCGAAGAUGUCGAUAUCUCCAGCUCCUUCUCCGUGACCUGGGAUUCCGUCUCGACUGACCCCUCCACCUUCGACCUCUACCUGGUCAACAACGCCGUCUACCCCACUGUAGAGAAGAAGAUCGCCUCUGAUGUCGACACCUCCAAGGGAUCUUACACCGUGUCCGGCCUGUCCGGCGUCACCGAUGGCUCCGGCUACCAAAUCAACCUCCUCUCCACCUCCUCCACGAACAGCGGCAUCCUCGCGCAAUCCGAGCAGUUCACCGUCGAGGGUGGCUAUGCAGUUGUAAACCAACCCCAAAGCUUUCUAUUUGUGGAUGGCUGAGAUGUAGUGCGGUGCUGUGGGGUGGGGGAUGAGGAUGUGAAUGAGUGACGGAGUUUCUCUUCUCAUCUAUCACCUAAUUGGUGAUUUUGAAAGCAAUACCGCAGUUUUAUUGCUUGUAUAGAUACAUACUUUCUAGCUAAGCUAGUUAUUACUUAAUGGUUCUAUAGCAUAUAUCCAUUACAUUACUUUAUUU